CGGAAGUAGACGUUAAUAAAGCGGAAGUUGAGGGGGAAAAUCCUCGCUGAAUUUUGUUGUCGUUUAGAAACGAUUCUGAUACGUCUUUCUGUGGCAUAUUACUCAUUAUCUGAGUUAAGACGUCGAACCAUGGAUAGAUAGUGUUUGUUUUACUAGAUUUACGGACGAGGUCCCAGCUGAAGAUAAUCUUUGACCUGUGUAUACAUCACUGACUGUCAUUUUGGACACAAGAAAGGACUGCCAACAUUUUGCCUCACGUGAAACUCCAGAGCCCCUCCACCCUGCCUGUUGCUACCAGCAUGGCUAACAGCACCACGACAGCAGUGAAGGUUAUGAAUCCUGGUCCUGCUGGUAGAAGUAGUCCAGAGGGAUCUCAGGUGCUCAGUAAGAAGAAACUGCAGGACCUGGUGAGAGAGAUCGACCCAAAUGAGCAGCUGGAUGAAGAUGUUGAGGAGAUGCUUCUACAGAUUGCAGAUGACUUUAUAGAGAGUGUAGUGACAGCAGCUUGUCAACUGGCACGCCAUCGUAAGUCUAACACCUUGGAGGUGAAGGAUGUUCAGUUACAUCUCGAGCGUCAGUGGAACAUGUGGAUUCCUGGUUAUGGUUCAGAUGAGAUCCGGCCGUUCAAGAAAGCCUGCACCACAGAGGCUCACAAACAGAGAAUGGCGCUGAUCCGCAAGACAACCAAAAAGUAGCAAGACUAAUAAGUUAAACUCACUCUGUGCAUUGUCUUUUCAUUUAGUUUGUCAUCAUUGUUUUUAUUUUUUCUUUAAAACUAGGAUUUGUAACUUGGGGGGUGGGUGGGGGGUGAUUACUGAAGAUACUGAUAAGAGUUUUUUUCUGUCUUUAGACGGUGUUUUCAUUGUUAUAACCCCCUAACAGUUGAGUGUUUUGCCAGUACCGUCCCCUAUUAUAAAGCUCUCGUCUCUGAACCUGUUUUUGUUGUCAUUAAGAGAAACCUGGCAGAACUAAUUUUUGUCAAUAAAAAAAUACAGAAAUA